AUGUCAGAGGAGUAUUACUACACACCCUCAGCGGCGCUUAUAAAUCUAGUCCGAAGCAUCCAUAAUGGUGCUGCACUGGGAACUGGGAUUGUGCGGGUCGUGACUUUUGCCCAUGAACUCAUUGGGCCCAAGUUACCGCAAGUCUUGAUCAACUAUGCCAUUUCCAUCCAGAAUAACUUGUUUGGAGGGUACCCCACCAUGAGCGAUUAUGUCCCCUCGCUAGUAUUGGCCGUGAUCUUUGGCGUGAUUUUGCUACUUCACAGCGUGAUUUUCAUUAUAGACCAGUAUCGAGGCCAUCAUUUCUACAUUUCGUGUCUUUGGAUCUUGUACUCGGCCAUGAAAGUCGUUGGGUUUGCGUUGAGAGCAUGCUGGUCUCAGGAUAUAACCCAGGUGAAUCUCGGCUUGGCCGGCGAAGUGUUUUUAAUUGUGCCUGCUAUUAUCAUUGUGCUGGCCAACUUGAUCCUAGCGCAACGGUUGUUCACCUGGAGACACCCCGUGGGUGGUUCGAGGAAAUUGUUUUGGGGGUUCAUGAUUGUCACGUAUAUUUUCGUGUUGAUCCUAAUUGCCGUCACUAUUUUGGCUUCAUUCGUGCCGUAUUUGAACUACAUCAGUCUAUGGUCGUAUAGAUCGUGGAUUGCCACGGUGCAAUUUACAUCAAUCAUGGUUAUAGUGUAUUCAUUAACCGCGGUUUCCUUGAUCGGCUUGAGUUUCUGGUUGCCCACUAAAAAGGAUGAGUUGAGAUACACUUAUCAGCCGUGGUGGAUUGAGAGUUUUGCUCCGUUUUACUUCCCCGAAAAGGGAGCAGCUCAAAAGGCAGCUGCUGGGUUCAUGAAGCGAAACUCGAAUCACAGGCAUGCCACACGAGUCAUUGCUGCUACGCAUCACCACUUCCACAACGUCAAAGGGUUAACAAACAAACGUGGCGACUUGAAGCACAACGUGUCGAUGGGGUUGUUGAUCAUUACUACCAUUUUGAUCUUGAUUGGCGCCAUUGGCAGGGCCAUUGUCGUGUUCCAAGCCAGACAGGAUCGAUACGCCGGCGGCGCAGCCAACAAGUGGUUCAUGUAUGUUUGCUGGGGAAUAUUCGAAGUCAUCAUAAAUGUCCUUUACAUUGUUGGCCGGGUGGACUUGCGAUUCUACAGACCCGACAGACUACCAAAGGAAGUUCGAAACAUUGCCACCGCUAACCAAACCUACUACCCAAGUUCAGAUGAAGAGGAAGACGGUUUCCACAGAGACAAACCGGAAACGUAUGGUAAACUACGUGGUCGCGCUGAGCAUGGCUACAAGGUCAAGGCAUUUCCAAACAAUCCCAACGCAUAUGGCGGCCCACAAAUACAAACGGAAGAUGCAUAUUCGCAAUCCCCACCACCGCCAACUAAGGACUACAAGGACUUUGACCCCGAGGGUCAGCAAUCAGCGUUCGAAGAUGACGAAGAUGACUAUGCCGACUUUGAUGAGGUCGCGUCGGAGGAUUGGGAUUUCACCGUCGCCAAGCCUGAAAAAUUUGUCAGCUCGAGCUCCGAUGAGCCAGCUCCAACCAUCCAGGAUAAAACCCAAGCACCGUACCCGACUAGUGUCAAGGAUAAAAAAGCUCGCAAUGUUGACAACGACGAUGCUCACUCGGAGUUUACAUUCUAA